AUGUAUAAAUACAGUCGAACUAAAAUAUUUCUCAAUAUUAUACUCAAUCUAUGGAUAUAUCCAGUAUUUAUAAAGGGCAUGAGAAAUAAUCGUUUGGAUUUUGAUGACAUGUACCGGUGCUCGCAAUACGACACCUCCCACAUUACGGGACAGAACAUGAUUCAGGUUCAGUAUUGUAAAGCAUGGCAGGAGUGUGUGGUUCGUAUGAUACAGUCUUUACUACUCGGUUAUGUUAUUGAUUAUUUUGGUGGCGGUGAUCUAAUCAAAUAUGACCAUGCUUGUGUGGCGGCCGGUGGUGUUUGUCUGUGCGCUAUAUUAAACACUGUUUUGUUUAAUAACAGUAGAGUUCGUUUAGCCCAACUAGGAAUGCGCGCCCGCAGUGCCUGUUGUACCCUACUGUAUAAAAAGUCACUCAAACUGAACCAGUUAUCAAUGGGAAAGACAACUGUGGGUCAGAUUAUAAAUUUAAUGUCUAACGAUGUAUAUCGAUUUGAUAUGUUUACAAUGGUCGUCAAUUAUUUAAUCAUAGCGCCAAUUCAGUCGGCUAUCGUUAUAUAUAUAAUGUACACUUAUAUGGGAUGGGCGAGCUUUGUGUCUGUUGCUUUACUAGUUUUAUUAAUUGUAUUUCAAUUUUGCAUGGGCAAAAUGUUUUCAAAAGUUAGAUUAAUGACCGCAAAGCUCACUGAUACUAGGCUUCAGCACAUGGUUGAGGUCAUAUCAGGUAUGGGUAUCGUUAAAAUGUAUUCCUGGGAACAGUCCUUCGCAGACCUCGUGGCGGAGGCCAGAAAACAGGAAGUUUCGUGCAUACAGAGAUCUUGCUUUCUAAAGACAGUCAAUAUAUCGCUGUAUACUUUGGUAUCUAAGCUGAUGCUAUUUUUUUGUUUCAUUACCUUGGUACUCACCGGUGGAGUACUGUACGCUAAAGCUGUAUUUGUGUCCAUGUUGCUUGUUAAUUGCAUAAAAGAAAAUAUGACCGAAUACUUUCCAGAGUUAAUUACUUUGGGCGCCGAGUUAUUAGUUUCUUGUAAUAGAAUUGAAGUAAUAGUGACCAUGAAAUUUUUGCAAUUAGGAGAAACACAAAUAAAAUCCAUUCAAAACCCAAAUAAUUUAUCUGAACGUAAAGCAAAUGGCAAACAAUCUCCCGAAGUAUCCAUUAAUAACAUAACAGCCAAAUGGAGUGAUGAAAGUACGUAUUUAACACUUGAGAAUAUAUCAACACAUUUAAGAGCCGGGGAUUUAUUGGCUGUUAUUGGGCCCGUGGGGGCGGGAAAGAGCUCACUCUUAAUGACAAUUCUGAAUGAACUGCCGGUUCUAUCGGGAAGUAUAGAAACGGUGGGAUCGAUGAGCUACGCCUCUCAGGAGGCCUGGAGUUUCAACACUAGUGUCCGAAAUAAUAUACUUUUUGGAGCCGAAUAUCACGAAUCCCGGUAUAAGCGAGUGGUAGAGGUGUGCGCUUUGGUGCGAGACUUUGAGCGAUUCCCGUUCGGAGACAAGUCAUUAGUCGGUGAGAGAGGAGUACAGCUGUCGGGCGGACAGAACGCCCGCAUCACGUUAGCCAGAGCUUUGUGUGUUAUGUGUAGAGCUCUCUACCGAAACUCGGAUAUCGUAUUAAUGGACGACCCGUUGAGUGCUGUCGACCCGUCUGUUGCCGAACAUAUAUUUGAUAAAUGUAUAGUCGACUACUUGUGCGACAAAAUCCGGAUUCUAGUCACACAUCAAAUCCAAUUCAUACGAAAAGCGACACAAAUAUUGGUUUUGAACGACGAGGGAAAGUGUCUGGGAUUGGGAUCCUAUGAUGAGCUCCAGUCCCGGGGCUUAGACUUCAUGUCUAUUAUCAGCGAUCAGGAGAGAGAAGUCGACGAUAAGGCAAAACAACAUAUGGAUGACAAUUUUGACAGUAGAAUAAAUGCCCAGGGCACUUUAGUUGCAGAGAAUUUGACACCAAAUAACGAUGAGAACGUUAUUGAACCAAAAAUAACUGACGAGGGCCGGGAAACGGGUUCAAUAUCCGGGAAUGUAUAUUGCACAUUUAUCAAGGCGGGCGCCGGACUUAUGCUGUUUUCCACCACAAUAUUAUCUACAAUUAUUGCCCAGACUAUUGUGCAUGGAUCGGACUAUUUUUUAGCAAAAUGGUAUAUAAUUCACAAAUCACUGACCAUGACUGACAAAAAUCAAAACACAGAUAACAUUAACAGCUCUGAGCAAAACAGAGAUGUGAUUAUCUACUCCUCACUGAUGGCCGCGCUGUUCAUCGCAUCCCUAUUGAGAGCCAUCACAUGGUUUGUGAUGUUUAUGAGGGCUUCAGUUAAUCUCCACAACACUAUAUUCUAUCGUCUAUUACGGGCCCCGAUAUCCGUGUUUGACAGCAACCCAGUUGGUCGGAUAUUAAAUCGCUUUUCAAAAGAUCUUGGUACAAUUGAUGAGCAAUUGCCAAGUACAGCGUUUGACUUAAACGUGUGCAUGACUCAAGGUAUCGGUGGAAUAAUCAUGAUCACAAUCGUCAACCCAUACUUGAUUAUACCAGCAUUUUUCCUAAUUGUAAUGCUUGUAGCAGCUAGGGCUAUUUACAUCAAGUCAGCUAGGGACAUUAGACGGACUGAAGGGUUAACCCGGAGUCCAGUGUUUUCACACGUGAGCACUACAUUCAAUGGGUUGGCCAGUGUUAGGGCAUUUGGGGCGCAGGAGAUGUUUGAGAAACAAUUUUACGUAUACCAAGAUGAUCACUCGGCCACCUGGAUGCUCGUCACCACUGCUUGUUAUGCAUUUGCUAUAAUUAUAGACGGAUUGUGUUUUCUAUAUAUAAUAAUCAUAUUUGUGGUGAUUAUGUUAUUUCCCGGUCAAUUAGAAGCGGGAGAGGCGGGUCUUGCUUUAUCGUCAGGUUUGUAUUACAUCAUUCUCUAUUAA